UAAACAACAACACGCAAACACGGGCCACAGCCUGCAGGUCUCACGUGACCACCAGGUCACACACCGCUAUCCGCUCCCCCCCCCCUCCCCCCGGCCCUGAGCGAAGGAGGAGGACCCUCCGGCACCCUUCACGGACGUCCCCCUUCCAGCUCGGGUUCUGCGCUCCGUCCUCCCAGCCACAAGGUGCCCCCAGACCCCCGGCUCCUCUUCCGCCGCCGCCAGAGCCUCGUCCUCCUUCCCUCUUUCCGCCGCUUCCUGCUCCGGGGAUCCGCGCUCCGAGCUCUGGGGCCGAGGCGCCCGAGGCUUCCCGGUGCGCUCGGCCAGGUAACAGGGAAUUAGGAUUCAGGGAAGAGGACUCUAAAAAUACUAAUCAGCAGAUCCAAAUGAGCUGAUCCGCAUUACUGGCCGGUGACCCUGGCAUUUAGAAGGAAGAUGGCACUAGCUCUGUGUCCGCAGGUGCUGUGCAGCCUAGGGGGCUGGCUUUCUCUCUACAUUUCCUUCUGCCACCUGAAUAAGCACCGAAGCUAUGAGUGGAGCUGCCGGAUGGUUACCUUCACCCAUGGAGUCCUCUCCAUAGGCCUCUCGGCAUAUAUUGGCUUCAUUGAUGGCCCCUGGCCUUUUACCCACCCAGGCUCACCUAAUACACCUCUCCAAGUGCAUGUACUGUGUCUCACCUUGGGCUACUUCAUCUUCGACUUGGGCUGGUGCAUCUAUUUCCAGUCUGAGGGGGCCCUGAUGCUGGCUCACCACACCCUGAGUAUUUUGGGCAUCAUCAUGGCCCUGGCGCUUGGAGAAUCAGGCACAGAGGUCAACGCGGUCCUCUUCGGAAGUGAGAUUACCAACCCCUUGCUGCAGAUGCGCUGGUUUCUCCGAGAAACAGGGCACUACCACGGUUUCACUGGCGAUGUGGUGGACUUCCUCUUUGUGGCUCUUUUCACUGGCGUGAGGAUCGGCGUCGGAGCUCGCCUCCUGUUCUGUGAAAUGGUCUCCCCCAAGCCCAGGUGGUUUGUGAAGGUUGGGGGAGUAGCAAUGUAUGCUGUGUCUUGGUGUUUCAUGUUUAGCAUCUGGCGCUUUGCAUGGAGGAAAAGCAUCAAGAAGUACCACGCCUGGAGAAGCAGGUGGAGCGAGGAGCGCCAGCGGAAAUGCAAUGGACAUCUCAAAACGCACUAGCUGACCCUUCUUCCAGGUGACACAUUGGGUUAGUCAGCCACAUGACCCAGGCUGGAGAUACGGCUGUUAGAGAACCAUGUGUACAACAAACUUAGGUUUCAAAAAAGGGCUAAACGUAUCAGUCCGUUUGGUCCGUUGGUGAGUGAAGCCCGUACCAGUAUUAAAACAGUAAUGUCUACCGUGGUGCAGCUGUAGGAAGUGAGACUACUUAGUGGUAGUUGUGAAGAAGUCAGAGCUGUGAGGUGGGCACAGCUACCUUCCUUUGAUCGUGGUGUCCCUGGGUCCUCCCGUCUCUGGGAUGCUAGAUGGUUAGACAGCUCAGGAAGGAAUUUGAGAAUCUCUUCGAGAACUGAUUCCUUGAACAAACCCUUAUUCCUGCUUUCCGUUUAGCAAUUUAAAUAAAGUCACCCCAUUUACUAUAAAGUGAGGGACUUCUAGGAAGAUGCAUGUAUGGCAUUCUGAGCAUUGGAUCAGGGCAUGGGAUGUGCUUAGACAAAGGGAAAGGAUGAGAGAAGUGACCCUAAACCAACUGUUGAGGGUCCUCGAAGACACCCCCCCCCCCCCACCAGGUUUGGUGCUUUGCUAAGGAGACUCAUAUGACUCCAAAUGUAGUCCAACUCCUAGCUGUGAUCAAUUACACUGAAAGGAUACAAAGAAAGAGCAGCGAAGGGAAAAGGUGCCUGGGGCAGAGUUUAGGGGAAACCAGGCCCAAGCUUCCAGAGCCCUCUCCCAGUGGAGAUCCCGGAGGAUGCCCUGAAUUCCUCUAGCACCAGUUUGUGGUGAUGUGUGUAGAAUGUCUAGUGAGGAAGCUCAUUAGAUGCUCAGUGCCCAUGGUUUCUAUUGGGGGUCAUGCAGGCAGCCAUUGCCUGGCAUGUAGCAAAAUUCCCGGCUCCGAGAAGGAAAGCAGGUGUUCAGCAUAAACCACAUCAUUUGCACAGUGUAGGCACCGUGAGCCAUUCUCAUCAGUUAAUGAAGGAGCCCUCCUGAAAUGUAAGUUCCCAGAUGCCAGCCAAGGGCCAGCCUUGCAAGGAGGCCUUUCCAAGGAUGGGAGUUCAGACUUGCUCUGUUAACUCCUUUCUGCACAAAAACCAGGGAGCUAGGGCUUCGGAUGAGCGAUGAAUGAGGUGUGGGCAGAUUUACUGAGUCCUGUUGUACGGGUUCUGCCCUACUGGGAAAACGAUGCCAAUUCUCAGGGCUUUUGUGCAUUAAUCUCCCAGGCAUGAGAGGCUGUGACUGAAUUCCAUAGGGAUUUAGCAUGCGGAUUCCACCGUGCCUGAGGUGGCAGUUCAGGUUUCAGCCUUGCUGUACAUACUGCAAACCAGAACCAAAGAGUAAAGUGCACCGGCCUCGGGGUGCUGAGGCUAUUUUUUUCAAUUUUUAUUUCAUAUACCUUCCCUUUAGCCCUCUUAUUAUGUUUUCUUUCCUCUGAAAAAGGUUCCGCUUUCUAUGGUUAAAAUCUUACAAUGAGAGGCACCUGGGUGGCUCAGUCGGCUAAGGGUCCGACUUUGGCUCAGGUCAUGAUCUCAUGGUUUGUGGG